CACAGCUUUGUCCUGUCAAUUGACGAAGAUCACCAUUCCUUCCCGCCCCCCUCUCCACCACCGCAUCCUCCGAAACCCUCCCUUUCAAACACAAUCUCGCAGCGGAUCUUCCCCUCGAAGAACGAAAAAGUGAAAACGACACCGGAACCUUAAAACCAGGGCCAUUGGGCCCCUCGAAACACCAUGUCUCAAGUCGUUGGCAAAACCCGCCUCGCCUACGCCCGCUCCUGGCACCUCAUCGACAUCGGCUCCGACCCCCGGGCCCUCGGGCGCAUCGCCUCCUCCAUCGCACAAGUCCUAAUGGGCAAACACAAGCCCAUCUUCGACCCGUCCACCGACUGCGGCGACUACGUCGUAGCCGUCGACUGCGCCAAUCUCCACACCACCGGCAAGAAACGCUACCAGAAGCUCUACCGCACGCACACGACGCGGCCGGGCUCCCUCAAGGAAAUCAACAUGGACCGCAUGAUUGCGAAGUGGGGGGGCGGAGAGGUGCUGCGGAAGGCGGUGAGCGGGAUGUUGCCGAAGAAUAGGCUGAGGAAGGAACGGUUGGGGAGGUUGAAGACGUUUGAGGGGCGGGGGCAUCCGUAUGGCGAGAAUUUGGUGGAGGUGAGGUUGGGAGGUGGGUUGGGGAUUGUGGAGCAUGAGGGGGUUAGGAGGACGUUGGGGGAGUUGAAGGAGGGCGCGGAGAAGAAGGCGGCGCCGGAGUCAUGAUGGAUGGAUGGUUCAUGAUGGGUUAUGUUGUUGGGGAGGGGAGAGUGCUUUGCAUAUAUGUUAUGGCAUGACGGAGUUUAUACCACACCACGCCGCCCAUUGUCCUUUUUUGCACCCUCUCGCAUUUUCGUUUUUAUACAUGUAUCACUGUAAACUAGGUAGAUCAUCACUACACUACCAUGUACAAUUUCCAACAAAAAGAAAGGAUAAAUUCACGAAUCACAAUUGAAAGUACAGCC